CCCGAAUUUUUCAGACCUAAUUUUCCGUCCACAGGUAAGCGCGUACGCACGCCCUUCCGGUGCCGGCGUUCAGUCGAGCCGCGACCUCCGCGCGCGACGGACGUACGUACGUGACAAUCAUGAGUUCGGGCAAGCGGAAACUGUCCUUCCUGGGAUUCGCGCCUUCUCAGGCGGAGGGGGAGGAGAUUCACUUAGACGAGGAGAUGGACCGAGUGGUGUGGGGGGAGACGAGAGCGGAGCCGCUGGACUCGACGCGGUACCGCGCGUCGACGGAGCCGCGCCGCGACAGCGCGGCCCCGGUUCCCCCCGAUUACGAAUCGACCCGAGAAGGCCUGGGCUGGAGCAGCUCGGAGACGUCGCCCGCGGAGCCGUCCCGGACCUCAACGAUGUCACCGAGCCAGACCACUUCGCCGUCGUCAUCGAUCAGCCCGCGCGAGGAGGGAGACCGGCACGUGCAGUUCGACGGCCCGGCCCCGGCCACCCCCGACCCCGGAACGACGACGAACGACGACAGCGACUUGCGGCGCGAGCAGCGGACCGCCCGCCUACACCACCGCCACCAAGGCCGCAAGUAUUCCCUCCAAGAAGGCGCGCGGGGCGGUACAGAGAGAACGGACCGCCCCGCGCCGACGGAGCGUGUCUCCACGGCCGAGGAGCUGCGCGAGGCGGAUGCUGAUGACCUCGCCAGCCACCGGACGGACGACCCGAAGGGCCUGCGUCGUCAUCUGAUACACCAGGCUAAGGAUACAUCCACGGUGCACGUGGGACGGCGGGAAGAAGGCGAUCGCCUUAACUCCCUGAUUAACGAGAAGAAACUGUAUGACCAUAGUCCGCAUUCCGUAUUCGUUCAACUCGAUGAACUGCUAGCCAACGGCGACGGCGACGCCGAGUGGAAGGAAACAGCCAGAUGGAUCAAAUACGAGGAAGAUGUGGAGGAAAGUGCGGGCCGCUGGGGACAGCCCCACGUGGCUUCCCUGUCCUUCCACUCGCUCCUCAACCUUCGGAGGUGCCUGGAGACGGGCGUGGUGCUGCUGGACUUGGAGGAGCGCGAUCUGCCUGGUGUUGCUUACAGGGUGGUGGAGCGCAUGGUGGACGACGGGCUUAUAGAGGAGGAUGACAAGCCUGUGGUGAUGAGGAGUCUGUUGCUCCGCCAUCGCCAUGUCCACGACGACCGCUUCCGGUUCUCCAUCGGACGGAAGCAUACUUCUUACACGAGCUUGCAGUCGAUCUGGAUGGAGGAGGGCGGGCGCGGAUCUUUCGGCGCCCGCGGGUCCCUGGGCGCCCGGGGGUCCCUGGGCGACCGAGGGUCCCUGGGUGCCGCGGCGCCUGCCCCGGCGCCCGCCGGACGACGCCACAGCUUGUUUCCACUCGGCGCUAAAACCAACUUGGCAGACCCGCGCCGGCGCCGAAGCUCAUAUGCUAUACCAAUUGACAAGCCCAGUAUGCAUGAGCUGAAGAAGAAGGUAUCCACGGCCGGCUCCGAGAAGAUAGACCUUAAGGAAGUGGAGUAUGCCGUCGCUGGGUCACAGGAUGAACUGCGCCGUGGCCACAAUGAUGCCAUACUGAAACGCAUCCCCGAAGACGCAGAAGCCACGACCGUCCUCGUAGGAAGCGUCGGCUUCCUCGACCAGCCCACCAUCGCCUUCGUCCGUCUCGCACAUGGCAUCCUCAUGCCCUCCAUCACAGAAGUCCCCAUCCCAGUCCGGUUCAUGUUCAUCCUUCUAGGCCCUGUGACUGCCGAACUAGACUACCAUGAAGUCGGUCGAUCCAUCUCAACUCUGAUGGCGAACCCUUCUUUCCACAACAUCGCCUAUAAGGCUGACGAUAGACGAGACCUACUGUCAGCCAUUAAUGAGUUCUUAGACGAUUCCAUCGUGCUGCCGCCUGGUGAUUGGGAGCGGCAGGCGCUUCUGCCGAUGGAUGAGCUCCGUGCGAAGAGCGAGAUGAUUCGACGUCGCAAAGCCAACGCACUGGAGAAGAAGAGGACUUCAGUAGCUGCUGGUGCUGGGGCUAUGACCAUUUCUGAGGAGAAACAAGCACUGCUGAGGUUGGAGACGGCUGGAUUGCCACCUAAGGAAUCUGAGGGGCCCCUUGAGCGCACCGGACGACUUUUCGGAGGCGUGAUCCGCGACAUCAAACGGCGCUAUCCGUACUACAUCUCCGAUUUCACGGACGCGCUGAACGGGCAGUGUGUGGCCGCUACCAUAUUCAUGUACUUCGCUGCUGUGUCCUCCGCCAUUACGUUUGGAGGCCUGCUAGCUACUAAGACGGAUGGGAAUAUUGGGAUCUCUGAGACAUUGCUAUUCACUAGCUUCGGUGGCAUAGUCUUCGGGCUGCUAGCGGGGCAGCCGAUGAUGAUCACAGGAGCAACAGGUCCCCUUCUACUCCUAGAUGAAUCGCUCUUCAGCUUCUGCAAGUCUUACGGGUUCGACUUCUUAGCUGCCAGGAUGUACUGCGGACUGUGGAUGAUCGUGAUAGCACUACUGGUCGCUUCUGUUGAGGGCAGCGUUGCUGUUAAGAAGAUUACAAGGUUUACAGAAGACAUAUUCGCGUUCCUCAUCUCCUUGAUCUUCAUCUGCGAGCCCAUCACAAGUCUGAUCAACGUGUACCGAGCUCAUCCUCUGGGCAUUGAGUACGCCAUGUACGGGCAAAACAUCAGCACAGGGAAUAUGACUGUCGUCAACGGCACUGAAGCGGACAACGCCAUUGUGUGGGGUCCUCCUCUACUGCCGCCGCCGCCAGCGCCACAGCCAAACACAGCACUGUUCUGCACAAUUCUUACGUUGGCGACCUUCAUCAUCGCCUACUACCUGCGUAUCUUCCGUAACGGCAAAUUCCUUGGACGCAGCGCCCGACGUGCGUUAGGCGACUUCGGAGUCCCAAUCGCCAUAGUUCUGAUGGUGGGUCUGGCAUCGGCUGUUCCCGUCUACACUGACACAUUGCGUGUUCCCGAGGGUCUGCACCCCACGUCUCCCCGACCUUGGCUGGUGAUGAUGACUCCUGGCCUAGCGACAAUUCCAGCCUGGGCCGCGUUCGCUAUGGCGCUGCCUGCGCUCAUGGUCUACAUCAUCGUUUUUAUGGAGACGCAUAUCGCAGAGUUGAUUAUCGACAAACCCGAGCGUCGUCUGAAGAAAGGCAGCGGCUUCCACAUGGACAUCGUGAUCAUGUCGUUUGUAAACUGCCUUUGCGGCAUGUUUGGCGCGCCGUGGCAGUGCGUCGCGACCGUGCGGUCUGUGUCGCAUGUGUCGGCGCUCACUGUCAUGUCGACCACCCACGCGCCUGGUGACAAGCCGUAUAUCGUUGAGGUUAAAGAGCAACGCCUGACUGGUCUACUGGUAGCCUUCAUCGUGGGUCUGUCGGUUUUGGCCUCCCGUCUCCUCACCCUCGUGCCGAUGGCUGUGUUGUUUGGGGUGUUCCUGUACAUGGGUAUCUCUUCGCUGGGAGGCAUACAGUUCUGGGACCGUUGUAUACUUAUGCUGAAGCCGGUGAAGCAUCACGCGCAAGUGCCCUACGUGAGAAGGGUACCAACGUGGAAGAUGCAUAUGUUCACGCUGGUGCAGCUGACCGGCCUCAUAGUCCUGUAUACGGUCAAGUCCUCACGGUUCUCGCUGGCUCUGCCGUUCUUCCUGCUGAUGAUGGUGCCGUUGCGCAUGUCGCUGGCCUACUUGUUCACACCGCUUCAGCUCCGCGCGCUGGACGGAGUGCAGAAAGAGACAGACGACGACGAACCGGAUUUCUACCAAGAGGCACCGUUGCCGUAAACGCGAGCGUCCCGCUGCUAAACGCUCUUGUGAUUCCACAUAUCCGUCAACAAUUUUUAGUGGACUGAACAUUCCCCGAGUUGUUUUCUCUACCAUGUUAUACUAUAACAGCCAAGGUACACGGCUAAAGCUUAAUUUCUGUAAAUAUUAGUAAUUAACAGGAGUAAUGGUCGUAAUAGUGAGCGCAACUGAAAUAAGCGGCCUCUCCCCCAUACCAUAAAGUACGGGAGCGCUUAUGUGAGGUGACCUCGAUAUCUUACGUGCCUCGAUUAGUAGAUGAGGUGGUCUUUGCAUUGGGAUGACAAAUCGUCUACUAAGAGGGUAUCGGCUACGUUUUCCCUUGUACAUUCCAUUGCUUCGAGCAACACCGGGUUCCGACACGUCGGAAAGGUGGAGCCCAAGCGAUAUCUUACCGUACAAAUCCUUCUAAGUACCAUUUGUUGCACGGGGAAACGUGCACACAGUCGCACUUCUCACUCACUACAUACAAAAUUCAAUCUGUAAUGACGACACAAAUACAUACAAUGACACACGUCAAAGCCAAAUCUUGCACACCUCGAUCUCUUUUUGGAUACGGAUGAGUCACAACACGCACCGCGCUAGUUGUGUGCAGACCCCGUGGGGCCUUGUGCUUUGGUGCGAAUGCCGACUCCCUUCCCGGUGUUGCUCGAAGUCCAUAAUGGAAUUCAAAAAUAUUCACUUGUUUUUCUUGCACAUCAACUUUAAAGGUGGAUCGUGAACCAAUGUUCGUCUUAGCGGCAGAUGCAAUCAUGAGUGCACAUAAUGCCGAUUAAUUUAUUUUAAAUCAUUGUUAUUUCAGAAGUAAGUGGAGUUUAUUAGUUCAGCUUAAAACUUAAGUUCGUUAAAACGACCUCUAAUGUACUUAUUCUGUACUUAUAAUUAAUAGUAGAGAAACUAAGGAAAAUAUAUUUUAGUAUUGUUGUUUUAUUUUAGGAUUUCAUCUAGAAAGUAUUAUUGUUAUACUUACGUGUAACCCAUGUAAUGUAAUGGCUUAUUCGAAAACUGUGCAGUUGAUGUGUCGAAAUUACGUCAAAAUUCAAGUUGAAUGGGCGCGCAUGCUUUAAGACCUUAGUGUGCGAAUGAGACGCACUGAUACUUACAUGUUUAUUUUGAAAUUAUAUUUUUAGAAUACGCUUCUGGGUCAUGGAUUUUAUGAGAGAGUCAAAAUGUAUAUAAAAAUGUUUCAUUAGGUACUGUAUUUGUAAGUAAAAUUCAAUGUUUGAUGUUUAAACAUGUAUGUACAGCAUACAGUCGUGGCCAUAAACAUGUUGGUAUAUUUUAAUUAUAGAGGAAAAUAUAUUAUUAUCCUUAUGACCGUGACUGUAUGGACUCUUCUUUACUAAGGUACUAAAUUUACCCGUUUUUCGGGUUCACUGUGAGGGUGAUAAAAAGAGCUUUUAAAUACACUUUUGUAUCUAGUAGGUAAAUAACAAAAAAAAAACAGUUUAUCUUGGGUAAAAUAAUAACCCUGUUUUUGUCCCGACAUAAUAGAAAUAUGUAUAUUGUGAUACCUACUAUUUCUUACGUAAUUAAAUGAGUACAAUAUCGAUAAACAAUAAACAUUUUAAAAAUACCACUUAACUUAAUUUAUGACGUUUGUUGGUACAGCGUGUCCUUAGAAGUGUGGAUCUAAUCGAAAACUAAACAAAAUCGAGGAAGUAUGACCAUUAGGCCACCUUAUAAAAUCUUCCUGAGAUUUCCGAGAACUUUUCCAACUCUUUUGAAUCUUUCCGUAACUUGCAUAUCCUGCCCCUAAAACCAACGCCAAGACUUAAAGAACAGCUGAUGGGCUUCAAGAUUAAGCAAAUGAAAUGAUGAUGAAAAUCUCAUUUACAGUACAUAUGGUCCUAUUUUCCCGCACUAGUGCGUAAGUUUUUCGUGCGAAAGUCAAAAGUUAAAGGGCCACAUGUACUGUAAAACGUUGUACGAUACAGGUGCGAAUAGGUAAUUCGCAACUCGUGUCGAUUUAAAACACUCCCUUCGGUCGUGUUUUAAUUUAUCGCCCCACUUUUCGAAUUUCCUCUUUUACGCACUUGUAUCGUAAAUAACUAUUUUGUUUAAAUAUCGGCACUUUUAUAAGAAUCCUGAUUACAAAAGUUAUAUAAAAGUGCGGAUAUCUCAAAAACUAUGAGAUUUUCAUUAAGGGAAAAUUAAUAAAUUUGUAGUAGUAGUAAAACACUUUAUUGUACAAAAAUCAAAACAAUGUAUAUUCAUCAAUUAUCGGACUAAGUACUUGUACUACUAUAUCAAAGAAGAAAUAGACCAAAAGUUGGGUUUGAGAAUAUGUGUAUGAAGACGAUUUUUGCGUUAAUAUAACAUGAAGGCUCCCUGUAUACAGCGGACUUUAACCUAGACAAACUUACGUUUUAUUUUUCCUGGCUUACCCUGUAUGUGGUUGAUGAGUGUUAGUAUCUUUGAGACUUAAUCUCUACACUUUAUAAAACAAAGCCAACGCCGCGUCUGUCUGUUUGUGUGUAUGUAUGUUCGCGAUAAACUCAGAAACUACCGAACAGAUUUUCAUGCCGUUUUCACUUAGAGAAUAUAACCAAACGGAGUGGUCAUUAACAGGCGUUCUCCUCUGUCGAAAAUAGGCGGCCAAUGGUCAACCACAUGUUAACCACAUGUAUGGACUGACGUUUAUCUGACAUGGCUAUUUUUACGUUACGUAUACAUUUGAUGUGCAAAAAACGGCAGACUAUUUUGUACCGAAAACUAUAGACAUGGCGUCUCCGUAAGGUUUAGGUGUUUUUGUUAACCCGUGCAAAGACGGGGCGUGUCGCUAGUUUGUUAUAUUCUUCAAAACAUGUCGUCGCGCGGGUUUCUAGCUUUUAACUCUCCUUUUGCAAACCGGGUCCCUCGGCUAUCAGUUUUUUUCAAAUAGCCUGUCUUGUGUCCCACUGCUGGGCUAAGGCUUCCCCUUUUUUCCACUCAUCGCGGCUUGGUGCAUGCUCCCGCCAUUCUCUUUUUUGGUCUGCCUCUGCCCCGGCUACUACUACCAUUAAUUUAUUAAAUUACACCGCUAUGGUAUGCAUGGCAACGAUAUACUUACGUACAAAUGAAAAUAAUGAAAAGUAAGACAUGAUUUCGUGAUUUUUCUUAUCAAGCCAACUAUAAUUUUAAAAUUUCGCUUGGAUUCUACCCUUGCAAAUAAAGUCUAGUUUCCGUGUGAAUUUUCCCAUUGCAUUUGCCUUUGAUAUUUAAACCAUGUUAAAAUUCAAUAUAUAAACUACAAUUUUAUAUUGAUUUAGCCCCCUCUUAAGCUACGUGUUGCUCAAGUAUACCUACCUAUACCUAAUAGGGAUGAUGACACAUGUUGAAUUUUACAACAAAAUCUAGUAAAAUAGAUAGCAAAUGAGCAAUUUAUCGCAAUAUUCUGGAUAUUAAAAACCGGCCAAGUACGAGUCGGACUCGCGCACGAAGGGUUCCGUACCAUUACCAAAAAACGACAAAAAAAUCACGUUUAUUGUAUGGGAGCCCCACUUAAAUACAUAAUAUAUUCUGUUUUUAGUAUUUGUUGUUAUAGCGGCAACAGAAAUACAUCAUCUGUGAAAUUUUCAACUGUCUAGCUAUCACGGUUCCUGAGAUACAGCCUGGUGACAGACAGACGGACGGACGGACAGACGGACAGCGGAGUCUUAGUAAUAGGGUCCCGUUUUUACCCUUUGGGUACGGAACCCUAAAACAUACCUAUAUGGAAAUAAUACAAAAGUAAAGCACCUUAAAGUUUCAAAAUUUAAGUAAGUUUUUUUUCAACUUCCAAAAACGACAUAAAUAAGGAUACCAUUCGAUUCCUCACAUUUUAUCCAAUAAAAGAUUGUAUGGAAACUAUAUAUAUAAACGCAAUAUUUCACCGACAAAAUCGCAAUUUUCUUGUUUUGUUCAUACUUCAAGAUGGACUCCCUGUGACCUUGACGUCACGGUCACAUAUCGUUUAGUUCGGGGCGUUUCGCGAGUGAAGUAAGACUGUCGUACUUUGACUAUCAUUUCUGAAUUUUGUAUUACUUUAAUGCAAUGGGUCCCAUAUAGACAUUUGAUCCUAAAAACAAACCUGAUUGAUUGAUACCAUAAAUGAAAAUUAGUCAUCUAGCCUAUUAUUUAUAUAUUUUAAUACCUAUUUUCGAUUUGAUCCACUAUUUUAGGGAUUGCUUGUAGAAUAUCCAAUGAGCGUCAAACAAAGGAAAUAAUAUUUUUCUAAAAUGUACCCUCUGAAAAUUUCUACUGUAUAUACUGGAUGUAUUAUUACUAUUAUUAGACUAUAUUUUCUUAGCAGAGCGCAAUGCAGGUAGGCUGAAUGAGUGUGAUACUAGGUAUGUAAGUAAAUGUGUUUCAAAGGAAUAGCUCUUGCUUCCUCAAAAAUGAGGGAAUACUCACUGAGGUAAGAAAGAUUUUUUUUUUGAACACAAAAAUGAGUUAAACUCGUUUUAUAUUUGUAUAUGAGGUUUAUGAGUGAGCACUUAUGUAUGUUAUUAAUUAAUUAAUUAUAUAAAUUUUAGUGGAUGUUGCCAUAAAGAUAAACUUAUAGCUAUAUAUAUAUAUAUAUAUAUAUAUGUACAGGGUGGAACAUUUCUAGAGACUGUGCUGAAAGGAUAGUGUUAUCUAAGUGAUCUACAAUUGAGUUAUUAUAAUAGUAAAGCUGGAUUUAAAAGUAAAAUAAAAUCAUUAAAAUGAAAUAUUAUAUAACAGUGACAACCCUACAAAGUUAUUUACAUUUUAAAUUGACACAUGUCAUGUCAUUCAAUAGGAUCUACCUGCUAGGGUUGAAACAUACAGAUUCUUGCACUAAUGUUUAACAAACUGUAUCUCAGAAACGGCUAGAAAUAUUGACGUGAUUAAUAAGUGAAAAAUAAAGUACGUAGCCUGAACAAUUUCCAGUUUGCAUAAUAGUCCUUCGUUCUGUUCCACCCGGUAUAUACCUACACUGUUGUACGUUAGAGUAUUUUAAAAACUUUAAUAUGAUUUGGGAUUAUUCCAAAGAUGUUUCCUUGCAAUAGAUAAAUUUAAGCCAAAUUGUAGUAACCCCUCUAAAAAUUGAAAUUCCUUUUUUUGAACUGCGCGUUCAUCUAAGACACCUACGCUUACAUCUAUAAAUCAACCAAGGCACAGAAACACAACAAAAGUCUGUACUUUGUCCGUGUAUGUGUGUGUGUUGUGUCUAUAAGAUUGCUUUAUAUAACGGCGAAGGUACUCUAGUACGUCUACCAUCAGUUUUAACAUUGACAUAUACGCUCACGUUUACGUAACUUACUUUCUAUGCAUCUCGCUCGUACUCGCAUAUUAGUGCAAGCGAGAUGUACAGAAAGUAAAUUACGUAGACGUGAGCGUUAUGUCAAUGUCAAAACUGAUGGUAGAGGCUUAGGUCGGGGUACACAGUUUGAAAUAAGGUACGUCUUAUAUAAUUGUAUGAUAUAAAUAUACUAGAAGCAAAUUUAGCAAGAUCCAAUUGUUUUUCUAAAGCUGUAUAUCCUACUAAGGUGCGUAAAAUGAAGAGUAUUCUAUAUAUUCUAUGGAUAUUGCUAACUUCGCUUUUAUAGUUGGUCUAGCAAAUCUUGUCAGUAGAAAAAAGCGGCAAAUUUGAAAAAUGUAGGCGCGAAGGGAUAUCGUCUCAUAGAGAAACUUGAAUUUCGCGCAUUUUACUACUGACAAGAUUCGCUUGACCAUAUAUGACUCAAUUCCUUAUAUCUAUGAAAUUUGUUGCAUGCUUACAUUUUUAAUUAAAUUCAGAAUUGUUGGAAUAAUACCAAAGUAUCGUUUUAAGAGUUUAUAAGAACAAUACAAAGACAUAUUAGUGAGUACAUGUAGUGAUAUCCGGUGGGCGCUCUGAAUGAGACUUCCGGUGUUAUUAAUUAGUAUAUUAACGAUUUAUUUUUCUAUGUAUUUCAUUAUUUUUACCAUUUGUAGCCAAAGGAAUUUGCAGAACUUGUACUUUUACUUUAUUAAUGUGAUACAUGUUACCUGAGGUUGUCAUAAUUAUUUAAGCCUAUAUAAUGCUUGCAUCCUGUAUGAAACCUUAAGCCCUGUGCAUGGAACAGAGGGCCUACCGCGUACCACGUUCGACGUGUUGCCUCCCUGUCACACUUACGUACGAAUUUACAAGUGCGACAGAGAGGCCGCAUAGGCCCUCAGAGUUCCGUUUGGUUUGUUUCGGUCGAUUGAAACAUUGUUUUUCUAGUACCUUUGGUUAAAGGACAUCGCAGCAAACAUAGGGAAAAAGUGUUUUUUUCAGUCAAAUCUCACGAAAUUUCAGUAUGAUGUAGAUUUAAGUAUUCUGAUUAUUUUUUUACAGGAGACUUAAAUCUACAUUAUACUAAAAUAUCGUGACAUUUGACUGAAACAGACUGACAAGAAAAUAUUAUAAUCAUUGUUGAAAUUAAAUUGUACAAAACUACCCACAUAAAAAAUAAUGAGACUUCA